GUACAGCACUUGGGAACCCGAGGAAAACAUCCUGGAUGCCCGGCUGCUCGCAGCCUUUGAGGAAAGGGAGCGAGAAAUGGAGCUAUACGGCCCCAAAAAGCGGGGCCCCAAGCCCAAAACCUUCCUGCUCAAGGCCCAGGCAAAAGCAAAAGCCAAAACCUAUGAAUUCCGCAGUGACUCUUCCAGGGGCAUCCGGGUGCCGUAUCCUGGCAGGUCCCCCCAGGAGCUGGGCUCCACGUCCCGGGCUAGGGAAGGACUGAGAAACAUAGCCCUGGCUCCCCAGGGCAGCUCCAGCACCAGCACCCCCAAGGGAGACAGCAUCCGGGACCGGGUGAUCCGUGUGGAGGAGAAACCCGAGGAGACCCCCAAAAAGAGAGGCCCAAAGCCCAGGAAGGAGCUUUACAAGGACCUGGCGGAGACUCUGGAUGCCUCCAAGAGGAAACUGGGGGAGCCGGGGGACAAGGUGGGGGACUACCUGAAGGCCAGGAAGAUGGAGGAGGCGACGGCGGCCAAGUUCAGCUCGGGACACAGCGUCAUCCAGCUGGCCAGGCGGCAGGACCCCGACCUGCCCGGCGCCCUGCCCAGCUCCAACCGCGCUGAGGUGGGUGCCAAGCUGGGAGCUGCCGAGAGCUACCCUCCCCGGCUGGCCAAGCACCGGGCAGACUUUCUGGACCCCAAGGGGCAGGGGACGCUGGACCCCGGCGGGCCCAAGCUCCUGGCCCCGGGCGCGGGGGCCAGCCUGUACCGUGACGGCGUGGGGGGCCAAGCGGGGCGACCCUCCCUCAUCGCCAGGAUCCCCGUCUCCAGGAUCCUGGGGGACCCCGAGGAGGAGUCCUGGAGCCCCUCUCUCAACAACCUGGAGAAGGUGGUGGUAACUGAUGUGACCUCUAACUUUUUGACCGUCACCAUCAAGGAGAGCAGCACGGACCAAGGAUUCUUUAAAGAGAAGCGAUGA